CGCUGUUUAUGUCGGUGAGCAGCAGCAGCAGCAGAGGAAGAAGCAGCGGGAGGCCGUUGUGUUGCCCGUAGCUAAAGCUCUGAGUUCCGUUUGUAUUGGAAUAUCCGCAGAAAAAGCUGCAAUCUAUCCGCGGAGCUCCGCACUUCGGUCCUCUUCGUUCAGUGACCUCCGCAGCGUGCCCGCGAGGAGCCGCAGGAACUCCGCGGAAGGAGAUGUACCGCGGUCGGCCUCCUCCGAGAGGGGGCUACCCGCCUCCCUUUGAAGGCCGGGGUCCGCCUCCGCCGAGGCCCUACCCGGCCCCGGGCUACAGGGACGACCGGAGCCGGCCCAGACCUCCGUACCACUCCGGCUACCACGACCACGGACCCCCGGAUCCCUACCGCCGCUCCCCGCCGCGCAGGAGGUACCCUUCCCCGGGCUCAGACAGCAACCGCGGCGGGGAGUUAUGGACCGGAGGUCCGCCGAGAGAGAGGUCUCUGUCUCCACGUGGCCCGAUUCCCCUGGACCACAACCUCGUCAUCACCGUUGGCAACGAGCUGAAUGGACCUUCUGGCUCCGCCUCCUUAUGCCAUCUCGAAAGACGGGAGUACGAGCAAAGUCGGGGCCGGAGCAAACCUCGCAGCCGUAGUCCCGACCGGAGUCGGGCCAGGAGUCUUGGAAGGAGCAAGAGCCGUCCCCGUAGCCAGAGCCGCAGUCCGAAACGGAGCCGGGCCAAGAGCCGGGGCCGAAGCCGCAGUCCGGACCGGAGCAGGGCCAAGAGCAGGGCCAAGAGCCAGAGCCGCAGUCCAGACCGGAGCAGGGCCAAGAGCAGGGCCAAGAGCCAGAGCCGCAGUCCAGACCGGAGCAGAGCCAAGAGUCGGGGCCGCAGCAAGAGUCGCCCCCGCAGCAGGUCUAAAUCUAGAUCCAGGUCUCGAUCCAGAGGAAGGAGUCGAGGACGAAGCUACAGCAAAGGGACGAGCUAUGCUCGCAGUAAGAGCCGUCAGAGGAGCCGCAGUCGCAGUGCAAGCAGCAGCUCAAGCAGCCGCAGCAGAAGUGGUGCCACAGAUUUGAAUAAAGGGUUUAAGGAGCUAGAAAUGGCUCGCCGCAGGAAGGAACUUGAGGAGCUGCUCACGUUACCAACAAAGUCCAUCCUGAAGAAACGCAGCUCCGAGGACUCGCCAUCAGUCAGGAGCACGGACUCUCCUCAAACUCAGGAUGGCUCCAUGUCCCGACUGGCCGAUCAGCUCCUGCAGGCUGUCAAAGGCGCUGACCCUCGCAUGGUGGCGUCCAUGCUUGCGGAGCUGCGGUCUGAUCCACAGAUGGCUCGCCGUGCUGGCCUCGACGCUGAGAUCAAAGAAAUCCUCAGCCUGCUGGGUAUGACAACGCCGGGGCCCAGGACUCAGGAGAAGGUGCUGGACGACAUUGACGACGAGGAGAGAUUCCUGUAUGGCGAUUUGGAGGAACCCAAACCACCGCCGGCGCCAGAGCCAGUCUUGACCCACAGUCUAGACUUGUAUGGAGACGUAACUGAGGAGGCGCUGUAUGGAGACUACCCACAGCAGAAACUGGUCUCUGCUCAGACACACGGAUGUACCCUUCAGCCCCCUCACUCCACGGACAGUUAUGUGAGCCGGCCCGCCAUCAGCCCCGACCACAACGCCACGGCCCAGGUGUCGAACCCCGCUCACCCACCGGGGAACGAGCCCCUGGAGGAGAGCGAGCGCCAGGCACUAGAAGAGUACGAGAAGAUCCAGGAUCUGCUUAAAACCAUCGGUCUGGACCUUGGAGUGGCCGAAAUUACCAAGAUGGCCGCCAGGACCAAAGAGCGUCUCCACGGGAAGAAACCCCCUGCAAAGACGCCCACGCGGCGCAGACGGUACUCCUCUGACAGCUCUGAUGGCAGCCGGCAGGGCCGUAGGUCACGAAGCCACAGUGGCAGCUCUAGCAGCACCAGCCGGAGCCGGAGCCACGGACGCGGUGCCACUGGCGCCGGCUGGAGCAGCGACGAGGAUGACCGCAGGAAGAGCUCAGCUUCGCUCAAAUCUCACCAAGACUGUGACAUUAAAGAGGAGAAAGGCGAGUGGAGCAACACGGCAGCGCCGCCCUGUCAGACUCCAGAGCCAAGCUGCCACCCCCCUCAUCCAGGUGUACCCAUCCCCACCUACCCCCCUUCGCAGGUCCCCGCCAUGAUGCACCCCAGCUACCCGCCACCUGUGUACAGUCAGUAUGGGAAUUACUUGCCCUUUGUACCCCAGCAGUGGCCCCCCACAUAUCCACCCCCAAACAUGAGGAUGCCUCCUCCUACAGUUGCUGAGGAGUACCCUCCCACACUACCCUACAAACAGGAUUAUACCCCUGAGCCAGGGGUCAAAGGUUUGGUGAAGAGCUCCACCCAACACGCAGAGAAGGGGAGCGCCAAAGCUGCGAGAGUGUCUGAGGAGCAGAACAACGAGAGCCAGAAACAGAAGGUUCUAGAAGAGAGAGAGAAGCUGAAGCAGGAGCGAGAGAUCAGGAUGAAGAAGAAGGAGUAUCUGAUGAAGGAGCUGGAGAGACUCAGGAAGCAGCAAGGCGAGCUGCUGAGGAAGAAGCGCCGGGAGAAGGAUGGCCACAAGGACCCUCUGCUGCAGGAGAUCAGCCACCUGCAGGAGGAGGUCAUGGCCCAGAUCUCCAACCUCCGCAAGGAGCACGAGGCUGCCGAGAAGAAACGCAGCGAGAUCGAGAAAGUGGCACUCAUCCUUGGCUUGAACCCGUCGGACCGACCCCGCAGGACCAGCAAACCGCCUGAGGUCCAGAAGGCUGAGCAGCAGACUCCACCACAGAAGAAGAAACGUGAGGCGGAAAGGAGCCCAGAAGGCCAGCCGGCGGCCAGCGGCCCCAUGAUGAAGCAGACUUCCGUGACUCUGUCGCCUUCGAAGGCGUCCCUGCACACGCCGCCCGACGCCACUGCAGCUCCAGCCCCGCCCCCUGAGCCCUUUGAAUACUAUGACGCUGGAAACCACUGGUGCAAAAACUGUAAUGCUACGUGUGGUUCCAUGUUUGAUUUUUUCACACACUUGCACAGCAAAACGCACCUAAAGACUCUGGACCCGUAUGACCGACCCUGGGCUUCCACUCCGAGCAAAAUCAAAAAGAACCAGCUGCCAGACGAGAAGCUGACUAAACCCGCUAAAGGUUCGGAGUUCCUGGUACCUGUCAGAGGAUUCUUCUGCCUGCUGUGCAGAGAGUUUUAUGGCGACGGCAUCUGUGCAGAAGAGCAUGUCACCACGCACGCUCACAACGAGAAGUAUAAGAAACAAAUGUAUGAGAACCCACUGUACGAGCAGAGGCGGAACCUGGACCGCCAGGCGGGACUGGCCUUAGAGGCAAGUGGAAAGAAACGCAAACAUGAUGACGAUGAGAAAGGCAGCAAAGAGGAAAAGUCCAAACACAAAAAAGAGAAAAAGGAAAAGGAGAAAAAGAAAGAAGAGAAUGCUUCAAAGGAGGACAAGUCCAAAAUUAAAAAGGAGGAAGACGAGGAUAAGCUGAAGGCAAGCAAAAAGGAAGAUUUUAAGAAUGCCAAGAGCCCUGAAAAGGAGUGGCCUUAUUACAGCAAGAAAAAUAAUGAUGAAAAGUACAACUACAGCAAGAAGGAUGACAAGUACCAUUACAGCAGAGAGGAAGACGAGAGGGACAGCCGGCACAGAUACAGCAGGGAUGAGGAAUAUCGGUACCAUUACCGCACCGAUGCUAAUGACCGUCCCAAAUAUGGUUCAAAAGAUGAUGGGGACAAAUUUAAAGGUGGCAAAUAUUCAGAUGCCAGAUCCAAAUAUGAGAAAGAGCGAGACGAAUGCAAACCUAAACCUGAGAGGGAAGGUUUUAAAACGUUUGAGCCAGAGAAGCCGGCAGUCAGCAACCCCGAACCACUACCAAAACCCUACGAACCGCCCAAAAUUCUUUGUGGCCCCAGUCCGGCCAUGAGGGCCAAGCUCCGCAAGCAGAGCCUGGAGGCUGGCAAACCAACUACAGCAGCAACAACCACAUUCGGAAAGUUCAUUUGGAAGAAGAAGGAGAACGUGCUUGCAAAGGAGGCGGAGAAAGUUGCUGCAGAAUUCAUCAAAGAGGAUGAAGCUGCUGCCAAGUCCCCUUCGGUGGAAGACUCUUUUGCAAAGUCAGUAGCUGUUGCCAAAGAGAUCGCAGAGAAGCUGGGAAACAAACCAAGCGUAUCUGCUCCCUGGAUGUCCAACCGGGGACGGAUCCGACCCAACCUCCCUACACCUGCUCUAGGUCUGAGGAAGCCAACCAUGAUGGGCAGACCUGCAUCUCUGAAUACCUUUCUGUCCAUUAAACCCCAAAACCCUACUUUAGUAGAGUCUCUUCCAACAGAGGGCGCAGUACUCCCGCCUCCUCCCGUGAGUUCCGGAAAUGGUCUGCUUCAGACUAAAAUGGUCCCAUACGUUGAUAAACUUGGGCCAUUUGAGGCAGUCCUUCCCCUGUUUCAGGUUAGACCUCCACCCGUGGUGCCUGUACCAGCUGAAGUUAAAUCUACUCUGCCAGUUUUUGAACCUGCCCGAGUCCAGCCAAAUCCUGCCCCUGCAGGUCUCACAACUCCUACACCUUCUAAAUUUAAUACUACUCCACCAGUUUUUGAACCUGCCCGAGUCCAGCCAAAUCCUGCCUCUGCAGGUCUCACAACUCCUACACCUUCUAAAUUUAAUACUACUCCACUAGUUUUUGAACCUGCCCGAGUCCAGCCAAAUCCUGCCCCUGCAGGUCUCACAACUCCUACACCUUCUAAAUUUAAUACUACUCCACUAGUUUUUGAACCUACCCGAGUCCAGCCAAAUCCUGCCCCUGCAGGUCUCACAACUCCUACACCUUCUAAAUUUAACCCUGCUCCACCAGUUUUUGAACCUGCCUCAAUCCAGUCAAAGACUGCCCCUGCAGGUGUCACAACUCCUACACCUUCUAAAGUUAAUCCUGCUCCACCAGUUUCUAAACCUGUCCCAGUCGACUUAAAGUCGGUCCCAGUACAGGCAAAACCUUUAACUUCUUUAGCUACCACAGCUACUCCAGCACAACCAGCCAUGAUAAAGAUUGUGUCUGACGUGGCAGCUCCUGGUGUCCCAGAGGGUGAGCAGACUCGUACGGUGUUUGUCAAACCUCCACCUUUCAUGAAUAAGUGUGAUGGAGCUCAGAAAUCGGACAAAUUUAGGAGCAACCUGGCUGCAGCCAGAGCCCAAGAUUUAUUUGGCAUCUUCUACAGCAGCAUCAGCCAAACGGGCCCCUCCUCCUUCAGCAAACCAGCAUCAGAUACUAGAGCUGAAGGCAGUAGUGGCAGUAAAAGUCCAUUUCCAGUUCCAAAAGCCCUAACACCCCAACCACAGUCCAAACCACACCCAGAAUUACAGCCCCAACCUGAGUCUCAGCCACAGUCCCAACCACAGCCCAAACUGCACCCUGAACCUGGGUCCCAGCCACAGUCCAAACCACAGACACAGCAACACCUUGAACUCCAGCCUGAACCACAGCCCAAGGCACAAGGUCUUACUCAGUUCCCACUUCCAAAUGAACUCCAAAGAUCUCCACAACGAAAUCCAAAUGAGCAGCCACAGAACCCACUGACCCCGACAAACUCAGGCAUUCAAAUUAUGUCUGUCUGGUCCCUGCAGUCUGCCAAAGACUCCGCAUCUGAGUUGGCUUUACCUAAAGAAAGAAACACGCAAAUGGCUCAACCAAGAGUGUCUCCCCCGCUUCAGUGUGAGGUUCAGAGUGCACCUGAAGACCAGUCCGUGACAGCCAAAUUGGAUCCCCAAAUCUUCCCAGAGAGUCAGUCUUCCAGACUGGAGUCCCAGCUCAAACCAUGUCCUGAAAGUCAAAUAGAGCCCCAACAGUCAGAAUUAAGCAAGGUCAACGAAUUCCAUCCAGAGACUCAUUCUGACACAGAACCUGAACCCAAACCAAAAACGGGUCCUAAAACCAGGGGUAAGAAAACCCCGCCUGCUCCUCGGCCAACCCGGCAAACCCGAUCCCAAACAAGAUACCAAACCCGACAGCAGCUGAACCAGAACCAGCCUGAACCAGAACCCGAGUCAGCUUCAGGUGACACUGAUGCUGCAACUACAGACCCAAAGAACUUGGACGUGGUAGAUCCUGGCUCUGUGUCGCAGCCAGAGGCUGAGGCGUCCAGUGAGGCGAACCCUCAGAUUAUGAAGAUAACUGCAGAAACACUGGGCUUGCCCUCUGACAUGACCUCACUGGACUUUGAAUAUGAUUUUAACUUUGAGUAGGAGGCGACUGGGCUUUGUGACAUGGGGGCGGGGUUUAUUCUAACAGCUCGGCUAUCCAGAAAGGCUGAAGCCACAAUGUGUCACAUAGUGGAGGGCAUGUGAAAGUGACAAGAUAGACACUCUUGCUGAGGGACUUCACCUGUCUAAAGGACCAGAUUUAUUUAGAGUUUAAUUGAAUUCCUUUCUUCACUGUUUUCUCCAGAAUUUGUUUUUAGGUCUGAUUGAUCUCAUAGAAACGUGUCCAGGACAUUUGUCCUCACCCAGCAGUCUCCUAGCAGCUUUUGCUUACACUUCAUAGGUUUCCAAUAGACUAAAAGAAGAAUUUAAAUACUCAAACCUGUAAACUGCUUGAUUUAUGCCAUUUCUGUUUAAAUAACACAAUAAACCUCUCUUUGAUCAUAUUUGGCAGCUGGGACCGCUGGUGUGUUGCGUUUUGGAGUUGCAUUUAAUGAAUAAUGAUUCCACCUAACAGGACUAGUGAGCUCAUGUAGAUGGCUGCCAUCCGAUCUACUGAACGAGAAACCUUAUAAAAUCAGAGCACUCACCCGGUCUGGUUGUGAUUUGUUAGUUUUUAGUUACCGUGUACCUGUUGCUACCUGGCUCUAAAUAAUAAAAACACAAUUGCAGACUUUCAGCCUGACCCAGUCUUUGAAAUACAUAAACCAGGCUCAGUCAAGCACAGUCUUUUAUUGUAAUGACACAACUUGUCCUUUGAGGCAGCAGAGUAUCUGUCUGAGGUGCUCUCUCUUGAAAGUGGAGAUGCAGCUGACAAUGAUGAAUAUUUGGAUGAGUCUGCUAAGACUCCUGUGAAUUUCCGUACUCUGAGGUGAACCUGGAACACUUUGUAAUCCUUGAACCCUUUCACAGUUCAUCUGGACCGACUGUUUGGUUUCACCUCAUUUCUGCUUCUUGUCACAGGAAAUGUUGGCCUAGAACCUUUCGGGAAAUAAAAGAUUCCUGAAGUCAAAAAAAGCCCAACAAAGUUCAGACAGUUCAUCCCAGGGACAUUUCUUAAAUUUUCAAGCCAUCAGUGUAUUUAUUUUUUUAUAGGCGACCUUUCUGUUGUUGAUCUCAGACUUGCUGGAUGUCUUCCCCUGUGUAACUGGUCUGAACUGAAUCAUCUGUCUCAGAAUAGAUAAAUCUGUGGCUGGGAAAUGCUAGAAAAGAACCUGUGACCUGGACCUCAAAUUUCCUGAACCUACAGAGAAUAUGGCAUCUCAGAACACGAGGUGAGGCUUAAUUUAGCAACCAGAUCGUCAAAAGUUUCUUAGUGUCUGGGAAAUAUGUCAAUGUGAAGGUGAAGAUCUGAGUCAUGGUCCUUUCACUGGUUCUCAGUGUUUGAUCCAGCUAACCCAGAUUAACUCACUGUAAUGUACUAAAUUUGUGGUUAACCUGUUUAAGAACUUGCAGAUGAGAGGCUGUAAUCCCAUUUAGGGUCUCAAACAAAUGGUUGUAAAGCAGAGUGUAAAUUACUAAAAGGAAAUGUUGUUCCCUCAUCACCUGUUGAACGGCCUCUUACAGAUGAAACUGAUGGUUGGAAGACUGCUCCUUCAAAGAGCACAGUGUAGUUUUGGGCGGUUCACGGUUAAGGCCUCGUUUCAUCCUGUUUCGACCUCGGAAAGCUUGUUCUGAUGCUCCUAAAUGAAACAGUUACUGGAACUGCAUCGGAUGUUCUUCAUUCAUCGUGUCUGAAACUGCUCGUUCUGUAAUGUGUUAAAGUUUUAAUAAAAGGAGAAACUCCAGCAUGUCUCUGUGGGCUCAUUACAAGGGAAAGAAACUUUAUUCAAUCAAAAUCGGGACAAAAUCGGAACACACGGGGGACGCUUGGCUCAGGUUUAAGUACUUCUACAGAUAAAAGGCAAAAAUCUGAUUUAUUAUUAAAAUAUUAAUAGUUAUAUAUUAUUAAUAAAGUUCUGAGAGCCUAAUGUCUUGGAUGAUUGUAGAGUAUAAAGCAGAAGGAAAUUCUGACCCAGAUUAGUUUGAGAUAUUCUCUCUUAUUUACUUUGUAUUUGAAGGUUUGGUGAAUAAUCUGCAGCGAUUAAGAAACCUUCCAGAGAUUCUUGCAGCCAGAGUUGGGUCAACUCUAGAAGUGUCAAAUCUGAGAACCGUGCAGUGGCGUCCAUGCAGAGGUAAUCGGGGACAAGUCCAAAUACUCAAGCCGAUCAUACGAUCAUUAAACUGCAGUUUGUGACCCAACGGGGCUCACCUGUCUCAGGUAAAGUCUCUGAUUGAGCCUGUCUCCAUGUUGGGGGGCAUCUACAGUGUUGGGGAGUAAUGGAAUACAAAAUAUGAGUAACUGUAUUCUGUUACAGUUACCAUUUAAAUAGGUGAUAAUUAGAAUGCAGUUACUUUAAAAUAAAUGGAUUACAUAGUGGUCGUUUCCUUUUUCAAGUGUUAGGCUGUGCCCUAUGGAACGCCAGGACUGCCAUAAUGAAUUAAUUAAAUACACCAUUAAAUAAUUAAAAUGGGAAAUUAAUUAAAAAUGUUUUUGACACAUUUAAUUAUUGCCACAUUUAACUAAUUAUUUAAUGGUGUAUUUAAUUAAUUAAUUUUGGCACAGUUGACUCCUUCAGGUCUCACCAUGAAAUAAUUUUAUCUGUCAGCCUCACCCAUCAAACUCAGGGGGCGGGGUUAACGCUGAUCGAGUCAAAACCAUUGCUUUGGCCUGGUGGCCAUUGUUUCUAGCACACAACAACCGGCAUGUGGAAGCUAACAGAACUGAGCUUUGAAAAACCCUGUUUGUGUGUCACCAAAUACCGUUUUAAUAUUUUUUUAGCCGAGAAUGUAGUGGUUUAAUCUUCAUGUGUCUGGUCGGUUUGUCAAGAUACAGCCUCUUUGCAAAAGUGCUUCGAUGAUUUCGGAGAUGUCUGCCCAGUCUCACGGCAAAGCGUGGGAUAGACCCGCUCGCCUCGCAAUCGAGCUUUCAUUACCACCGACAAAGCGCUGUAAUAACCCCCGCUGACACUGACUUCAUUUACUGAGGUUAUAUUUAUCGGGAUUUUAUUUCCUGAUUCUUAUGUGUCCUACGUGUUUCAGUCGCCAAUUCUGAAUUAUAACUAACAUUAAAAACAUGUUUAAGGAGGAGAGAGAGCAAAUAAAUCUGUUUAACAUCU